AUGAAGAAAGAAUCAUCAUCAAAAAUAGAAGUAUUGACUACUAUUAAAAUGUGUAGAAUGAGUAUUGUAGCACCAGUUGAUACAAUGGGGGCAUCUGUGGUGCCAUCUACGGAUUUAAAUAUUAGAAAAUUCCAAAUAUUGGUCAAACUAAUUUUGAGUAUUCAGUCUAAGGAUGAGGUAACACAUAGAGUAUUUCAUUAUCUUAAUAACGAAAUAGAUACAAUCACACCUGAGAAUAUACUAAAAAUCAACAAUUUGGAGACUAUGAUCAAAGGCAUCAACUUUUAUAGGAGGAAAUCAACUACGAUAAAAGAGGUGAGUAGAGUGGUUGUAAAUGAUGGGAGUAUUCUUGAUGAUGUAAUUAGACUAAAACGAAUCAGUGGAAUUGGAAAUAAAAUAUUGAAGAUUUAUUCAAAAACAGCCCUGGAAAUUGAUAUUGGGGUUGGUGUUGAUCUGCAUGUUCAUAGAAUUUUGAACAGAUUGGGAAUUGUAGAGACAAAGAACGCAAUUGAAACAGACAAAGUGUUCAGCUACAAAGAAUACAGUGACAUUGAAGAUUUAAACAGAAUCCUAGUUGGAUUCGGUCAGGUAAUUUGUAAAGCAGUGCCAUUGUGUAGUCAAUGUGUGGUAAAAGAUGAGUGCAAAUUCAACAACAGCAGAUAA